AUGAUUAAAUUAAAAUUAAUUAGAAAAUAUAAAAAAAAUUUUAAAUAUAAAUAUAUAUAUACAUUAAGAAUAUCUUAUUUAAAAAAAACAACUAAAAUUAAUUUUUUAAUAAAUUUAGGUAAUUAUAUGUCUAAUAUAAAUAUAUAUAUAUUUUUAUAUCCUAAAAUAAUUUUUUAUUCUAAAUUAGGUUCAAAUAUAUCAAAAAAAUUUUCUUUAAUAUCUUUAUAUUAUUUAAAAAAUUUAUUAAUAAAUAAUAAUAUUUAUUAA